GUGAUCUCGUCAAACAAACAAAUAACAAUAUCUCUGCUUUAAUAUUUUUAUCGUAUACUGCAAAUGUGUGCUUCACCUUGAUUGGAUUGUUUAGGGAGAUUGCAAUGCAUAGAACUGGACAAUAUGACAAAAUUUAUACUUUUGUGUCAUAUUGUUACAUCAUUGGUAAAAUAAUUGCAAUUGCACUUUCAGCAUCAAGAAUCAACAUUGAAAGUAAAGAGGCUUUACCAGAUAUUUACUUGUGUCAAUCGUCAAAAUUUACUGAUGAGGCAAAAAGACUUCAAUAUCAAUUAACAUAUGAUGACAUUGUCUUCACAGGAAUGAAUUUUUUCUCAAUAACUCGUAAUUUUAUUCUGGCUACUGUUGGUACUAUUGCUACAUACGAACUCAUCCUGGUGCAAUUAAAUGACCAGCCUAACAAGUGAAAAUAGUAAAGAACCAAUGGAACAAUUAUAAAAUGGGGAAAGA